AGCAAAAGUAGUCGAGUCUAUCAAUCAUCCGAUAUAUAUCCUCGCCCGACCAAAGAGAGAACGCCUGCAAAAUUGCUCAUACCGUACCCCAUUGCUCUACAUUUGCAGUAACAAUUAACCGUGUGGAUGGAACUUCUUAGAUUCGAGAAAUGAAGUGUUCCUGGUGCAAGUAGGAACAAAUUUUGGCUGUAUUUGUGUGGACUCUUGUGGUGGGGUUGUCGUAAACUCCCACUUCUUAGUUGUGGGGAUCGAACACCCACAGCCCGCCCAUCCGUCGGGGAUAGCUCGGGACCUCGACUCCGACAGUAGUCGUCCCUUUCACACCAUCGGGAGUUGAGUGAAAGAUUAACCAGUAUCUCUUUAUUUAGUCUCAUCGCAUAAACAAAAUAAUGUUGGUCAAUACAACAUUGGCAAAACCCUCAUCCGGGGAGAAUGGACACGUCGGAUUGAAGACGGCGAAUGGGAUCAUGGACAAAACCUCACCGAAGAACGGGACGGCAAACGGCGUCUUGUUGAAUGGCGUUCAUCACGCUGCUUCUGCCGGAGGAGAUGCAGUGAAGAAUGGCGGUUGUGCCAAUGGACAUAGCCCGUCCUUAUCCGCGGUUACAAAUAAACCUCACCAAGAAUCCAAAGAUGCUACUGAGCAGGCCCAGGGUCGUGGCAAGUUCCAUGAAACAUUUGAAGAGACACCCCUCCACGUUGCUGUGAUCACCUACUUUGGUUUCAUGGUCCUGAUUAUUGUGGGUUACAUCAAGGAACAUUUAUGGAGGAUAGGAAUCCUGAAAUCACCCGGCGCAAAAGAAUCCCCUAAACUCAAGAACUUUGUCCCUCUGUUCUCAGAUUUUGUAAAUUUCUUUGGGCGGAACAUCUACAUGCGUGGCCGGGACUGCGGCCAUGUACCGAUCGCCGGUAUGCCUGGUGCCAAUAUUGACAUCAUGGAGUACUCAACCCCAGAUUACAAUUGGACUCUCAAUCUAACCGGAAGAACAAAAAGGAGUAUCAACCUCGGAUCCUACAACUAUCUUGGAUUUGCCGAAAACACUGGAGCCAGAUCUCAGAUGGUGGAAAGGGGAACUAAAGAAUACGGAUCGGGGAUAUGCAGUCCAAGAAGAGAACUCGGAAACCUGGCUAUCCAUUCUGAGCUGGACCGCCUGGUAACCCGUUUCACUGGUAAGGAGGAUGCUGUUACGUUUGCCAUGGGGUUUGCUACCAACGCCCUGAACAUUCCCUCUCUAGUUGGGAAGGGCUGUCUUGUGGUCAGUGACAAGCUCAACCACGCCUCUAUCGUUCUGGGAACUCGACUUUCCGGUGCAGUGGUCCGAGUCUUUGAACACAAUGAUAUGGAGAGUCUUGAGACGGUUAUAAGGAAAGCCAUCGUGGACGGUCAACCUCGCUCCCACAGACCCUGGAAGAAGAUCCUUAUCCUGGUAGAGGGAAUCUACAGCAUGGAGGGUUCCAUGGUUCGUCUUCCAGAAGUCAUUGCCCUGAAGAAGAAGUACAAGUGCUACUUGUACCUGGACGAGGCACACAGUAUAGGGGCGAUGGGGCGCACAGGGCGGGGCAUCGUGGAAUAUUUUGGCGUCAAUGCCGAUGAUGUGGAUGUGAUGAUGGGAACAUUCUCCAAGAGUUUUGGCGCGUGCGGAGGAUACCUGGCUGGCAGCAAGGAGCUGAUUGCUCGUGUGAGGACCAAGUCACACAGCGCUGCCUACGGAUGCCCAAUGGCUCCCCCAGUGGUCAAACAGGUCAUAGCUAGCAUGAAGACCAUCAUGGGAGAGGAUGGCACCACUGUGGGUGUCAACCGUAUAAGUCGUUUGGCGUGGAACACCAGGUAUUUCCGUUACCGCUUGAGAGAGUUGGGAUUCAUCUUCUAUGGAAACGAGGACUCUCCAGUUGUUCCUCUCCUCAUCUUUAUACCUUCUAAAGUACCUGCAUUCAGCCGUGAGUGUCGCAAGCGUGGUCUCGGUAUCGUUGUGUGCGUGUUUCCCGCUACCCCAUUGGUGGAGAGCAGAGCAAGAAUCUGUCUGUCGGCUGCUCAUACCAAAGAAAUGCUGGACGAGGCUCUUGAUAUUAUCGAUGAGGUUGGCGACAUGUUGAACUGCAAGAUAUCCAAGCUUCCAAAACCCCCACCACGAGAAUGGGACGACCAACCACCAUUUGAAGAGGAGUUUUCCUAGAUCCCUGGAGGAAAAGGUUUUAAUCAAAAGAGUGUAGAUAAUAUCCAAACGUCUGGACGUCUUCAAUUUAUUCGUGACGGACUUAAAAUGUUUCAGUUAAGAAAGAAAGUCAAUGCAAUGAGGUGUCAAGUUCAUAUCCAUCUUUUGUUAGUUUUACUUUGUUCAAUCCAACAAUAGUUAAAUUUUGCUCAGUCACUUUUCCCUAUUGUUUAUCACUUGAUAAAUAAAAGUUCAUAGCAGUAACAAUCCUUCCAAGGAUAAUCUCUUGUCUGAAAUAUUAUCAAAGUUAAGGAAGUGUUAUUUGAAAACCCAAAAUAACUAUUGCUUAAUUUAAUUGCCGCAAUUAAAAUAAGCCCAUAUUAUGAAAAGUGGAUAAUUUUCCGGGGUGUUUUUUAUAGAAAACGUGGCCUCCUAUUUUGCUGGAAAAUUUACAAGAUGGCUGAAUCAAGUGUUUAUUGAAUAUUAGAGGAUGAAAACAAAUUGAUACUCUUCCAAAAACCUGAUGGUGUAACAUAGAUUGAGUUUUUAAAAACAGAUUAUAUUUGCAAUUAUUACUGUACUGAUAACUUAUCGAACGUUUAACGUUAUUUUGUCAGAAGGCAAUCUAUAUUAUGAUGUUAUACCCAUACACCAAUUUGUGUAAAAGCACAGAAAAGAGUGUCUCAAAAAAAACUAUACACUUGAAAUGGCUGCCGAAUGAAAAGUACAUGAUUCUUGGGGAAAAGUUUUAGAUGUAUGGAUAGCUUAUGGACUCGACUUUCAUAUGACACCAACAAUUCUGUAAAUAAUUCAUGCUUGGGUGAAAACUGCUCACUUUUGUAAAGGGUGUGACAAUUAGGUUGCACAGGAAUUAGCCUUCAAAUCUGUGAGAGGCUAGUCUUUUGAAGAUCACAAAAUUCUGUCCAAGAUCUCGGCUACUUAUUCUUCAAUGAGCAGUGCUCAACCAAGCAUGAAUUAUUUAUGGACUUUUUAUACCAUCUGUCCAUUUGGUUGGUAAGUUGUUGCAACAGCUAAUUCUUCGUUCUCAAGAUAUGAAAGGUGUUCUUUUACUGGCUAACUUUUCAGUGAAGUUGCAAGUGCUUUUUCAAAGACAAAAUGGUCGCUGUGUUAACAAAUAUCUUUGUUGAAUUAUGUUGCUUUUUGCUACCAGUAAACAGUAUUAUCAAUUCAAUUCAAUAAUUUAAUAUUCAAUUCAAUUGAAUUUUACGAUGAUCCAUCGGGUGUAAUUUGCAAAUGAUUAAAAUCUUUGCAAUGGUACCGCUGGACUUUAAAAUUUUAUUUGCAAUUUAUAAUAAGUAGUCAAUACAGUGCACUAUAAUGAACAAAAGCGCUGAUUAAUGAACUAUCAAUUGUUAGUUAGUGUUCAUUAAAAAAAAAGUGUGUUAUUGUACCAAUAAUAUUGCAACAUUUGAUAAAGGCCAGUUGUUGCUGUUUUUAGUCAGAGGAUAGUCAGAGAGUAUUCUGCAUCUUCUUUAACAAGACCAAUUCCAUACUGAUAAUUGUAUUGUUCAUAUUUAAAUUUUAUCAGUGUUUUGGAUCUAAAGCAAGAUCUAAAACUGUUAAUGGUCACUACAGUGGGAUGAAAAUUUCAUCUUCUCUUUGUAAAACCUGGUUCAUACUUCCUGUGAUUGCAAAUGCGAUAUAUAUUUUUAUGUCACAAACCUCAAACAAAUAAUUUGCAACAUUUGAGCUGUGUUCAACUCCUGCGAAACAUUUGCUGCGAACACAGCCAUAAGACGUCAAAAUUGGCUUCGCAUUCGCAGGAAAUAUGAACCAGGUUUAAGUCUGCCCUUUAGAAUGGUGUGGACAUACCGACAGAGUGGUAUUUCUGUACAUCUAGAUCCUUAGUGUAAAUAUCCAGAAUUCAUCUAGAAUCCAUCUUAUGACGAGUUCCGACUCAAAUUUGCUGUUCGCUUUGAGGAGCGAACUCUGAAGAUGCGAUUAGUACCUGUGGCGUGAGAAGACUGUUUGAAAAAGUUUAUUAAGUCACAAGGUGUUUGGUGUGUAUAGCGGGCAGUAACAUAACAUUAACUUAAAAUAUUUUCUCUAUGUUAUUAAUUGUGAAAGUUUGUUUCAUUGCUAUUUGUAUUUAUUAUCUAUGUUAUAUCCAUUGUAAGUUAAAAAAGUUAUCUUGUUUUCCAUGAGUAGUUCUUUGAUUCAUUCAUUUUUUAUUAUAUUUAUAUGUUUUGUCAUUUUGUACUUCCUCGCUCGCCUGUAAAUGAGUCAAAUACUUUUAUCUUAUUAGAUUAAUUGAAUACAUUGAAUUGACAGAGGCUGGUUGUAAACAGUGUAAAACAGAGAUUCAUUGUUCCCUCGGGACAAUGCCCUAUUGUUUAAUUGACGAGAGCAUUUUUGGAAUCUGUGAGUGGGACGGUGAUUGCAAAUGAUGUCUCACGAUACAGUCGGCCAAUUACAAUAGCCAAUUGUUGUGACCUCUUUCUCAGGUCACUGCAUAAGACACAAUGAAUAUCAGUGUUCUUUUAGAGAUGCACCACCCUUUGUGCAAAUUUUCCAGGAAAAUGAUUACAUGCUUUAUGGUAAUAGGAGACUUUUGAGACGCUGGCGGAAGCAGACAUAAAAGUCCUUUUUUUGCGGCUCUGAGCGUGCACGUGCAUGCUCAUUAUUGAUUGCGUAGGUCUGAGCAGGCGCAAUACUGUGAAAAAGGACCGUCUAAAAGUCUCCCAUUAGAGCUAUUCAGUACUUAAAUGAUAUUUUACACACAUUUGCUAUACACUUGGGUGGUGCAUGUCUAAUAAAUUGUAUUUUUUAAGAAUCCAAAUUGUUAUAUUGUACUUAUGUAAUUAGUGUAUUUGUAUUAGCGUGUGGGUACCUCCAUUGUAGUAGCUGGCAACACCAACUGGAGCUCAGAUAUAGGUUGUGAUGUUUGCAGACUGACGAUAAACCAAAUGUUGAUAUUAUAUAAUCUGUCAAUGCGCCUUAUUUUUGACAGCGCGAGGGCGCUAUAAAUAGUAUUUCUAUCACUUCCGGGGGUAUACGCAAUUCGC